CUGGAGCUAGUGAGUGGGCGAAGCUUGCUGUAGGAUCAUAGUGAUCUCGUAGGUAGUAUUGCCUUCGGCUAGUCGGGCUGACAAUGUAUCUUACAAAUGGCCCGGCAGGGGGCGCUGGUGGUCAUUCGGUCGGUAACGCAAGUGGGUUCGGGGGGAACUCUGGCGGGUACAAUGGAGCUGGUAAUGGGUACGCAGGAGGUGGAGGGGGUUUCGGAUGUGGUAAUAGUGUUUGCUUCAAUUGCGGGAAAACAGGGCAUUUUGCUAGGGAUUGUUGGGCGAGACGUAACAGUCGGGGUUUCGCGUCGAAUAAUGUAGAUCCAGAAUUAGAAGAAAUCAAAGAACAACAUAGACGGGCGAGGAAGGAGAGGCAGGAGUUGGAGGAGAAGAAACGCCUGGAGGAGGAGCGAAAAGCGAGGGAGGAGGACGAUGCAAGGAGAAAUGCCGACUUCGCUAGAAAGGCCGAAGAAUUUAAACUACAGCUGCGGGCAGAACUUGUGGAGGAAUGGAGGAAGAAGGAGUGUGAGGCAAAGAAAGAAGUGAAGAAGAUGAAGCGUGGUGAUAGAGGUGCAACCAGGGGACGACAGCGCAAGAAAGGGAAGAAGUUUGGUAGGACCGCGAGAAAGAUCGCGUACUCGGAGACAAGUGAUGAUUCGAAUUCAGAAACUGUUGACUCCGAUACUUCCGAUCUUCGGUCAUCUUCCACUAGCUCUCACGACGAAGGACACAGGAGACGUGAGCAGGUAAGAAAAGGGAAAAGGAGGACGGGUGAACUAUCGAGGUCGAAAAAGGGAAAAUUGAGGGAGGCUCCGACGGAAACUCCACCAAGAGCACACGAGCGUGGGGAGUGUUCGAAGCAUAGGAGGGAAGAGGCUUCGAAGAAGGCUGAAGCAGGUGAGGAUCGGAAGGAGGGAGGGACGGAGCCUAAGACGCCACUAUCAGGGGGAUAUAAAGGAUUGGCCGCGGAAUGCUCACAAAAGGGGUUAAUCGAGUAUUGCAUAUCCGCACAUCGGAUCUAUUCAACGAAGAAGGCAAACACAUUGAAGAAGCUAUGCGAACGCAAGGGCAUCAAGUAUACCGGGAAGCUUGACGCCGUGGAGAUACUGGCUCGACACCAAGUGGAUAUGGCGUACAAUUGCUUUGAAGAAGGGAGAGGUACGGUUACAAGAUUCAGACUACAAACUAGUAUUGAUCGUGCCAUCGCACGUAGGCUGGGAUUUAGCGUGAGGAGGAGGAUCAACAUCGAAUUGCCGUACGAUUUGCGUUUGAGGAAAUCGGCGAUACGAGAAGCUACUGAGGGACUAAUCAAGGACGGGGUGUCGGACCACAUGGUGGACAAGUUUCUCAUGACGAGAGUUCGUAUCAUUUGGAUCAGGAACAGGAACGUCGGUGAGCUACUAUACAAUCAGAAGGCCUAUGCGAAUGAGGAGCAGCACUGCUGCCCUUGCAAAGGCUCGACUCUGCCCAAACUCGAGGGGGACGUCUCGACUCGUUUCUCGAAGAUCGAGGUUCCGCAGUUCGUGGCAAAUUCGAAGAAUAUCACUAGGCCGGUGAAGGCUUGCCGGAUUCCGACCAUCGUUAAUGCUAUUUUGGAGGUCCUGAAGCAUGUUCGGGGCUCUGGAGCGAUGCAGGUGGACUUCGCAUCGUUUUGGGAAGAUCGGGAACCAGGUGAAGGAGCCUGGACGAACGAGGAGGUGAAGAACUGGGCAUCGCAUUUCGAUGGGUUUGUCCUGGUGCCUAUAUAUCGCAACCAGGGAGACACGGCAGUUAUCUGUCCAGUAUUAUAUAGGCAUGCGUUCGGGAAGACGUUCGCCUGGAACACAAACUACGAAUGCGCUGGGAUGGUGGAGACAGAAGCAUCGCUGCUGAGCAUCUGCAAAGCGGACUUUUUUAGUAAGGGGCUGGAGAAGAUUGGUGGAUGGAGACCUGACGGCCGUCUGGGAGCUGCUUAUGUGAUCCCGAAGCACAAGGACUUGGGACGAUGGCGGCCGAUCGCGCCAGCACCAGCGGAUCCUGCUGCACUUGCACAACGGAGGGUCGCUAGAGCACUACACUGCCUACUCAAGUGUCUGCCUGAACACUGCUCCUUUUAUCUCAAUUCGGUAGAUGAACUGCCUGAGAGACUGGCAGCUGCUUCUCAACAAUUGCGGGCGGCUGGCUGCUCACAUGCGGAGGGGAGGUGCUCUGAUAUUAAGGAGAUGUUCUCCCGCAUCCCGCAUGAAGCUGUCACUCAGGCGGUUCGACAGCUGCUGCGUAAGCACGAAGAUGAUGGGUGCGUCCAGAUUAAGGUGUCUAUGCGGGGGAAAUUGGUGGUCAUCAGUAAGAACAGGCGGAAGACAGACGGGUAUGUUAGUAUCACACUGAAGCAGAUUUUGAGGGGUGUUGAGUAUGAUCUCGAGCACUCUUUUGUGAAAUGCGGAGGGAAGAUAUUGAGGCAGAUUUUUGGAAUUCCUAUGGGGAAAUCCACGAGCCCGAUCCUGGCUUCGGUGACCUGCGCUAUGGCUGAGAUGAAAUUUUUGAAACAACUGGGAUCAGAGAGAAGAUUGGUGAGUGGCUGGCGCAUCAUGGAUGACAUCACUGUGAUAGCUGGUGUAGAUGGAGGGACCACAAACAAGCUUUUUCCCGGAAGCUUCUUCACGGCAUUCGAAGAGAUUUAUGAUAACAAUCUUGAGGUGAUCCGCAAGGAUGAAUGCGGAUUGACCUGGCAAUUCGUUGGGGGAUCGAUGUUUAUCUGCGGGUCUCCGUUGCAGUUGCACUAUGUACYGUGCACUAAMAACAYGGACGCACUGCAGGCCGGCAACGAGCYGGUGUUCCAGACAAUGCAGGAUUACAAUUCUUACUCAGYGAAGGCRGUGAAGAAGKCAGUACUGAYGAUGACGGUGAGAAGACUCUGGGACCACACUACUAGUAAACAGCUGGUACUGGGGGCAGUGGGUUUCGCCAUCUGUGAAGCCAACCUCCGGGGCUACCCCCCGGAGGUCUCUCUGGGUGCCCUGGCCAGUUUGGCCAAGGCUGCGCCUGAUAGGGCGCUGCAUGUUUUGUUAGCCGCUCUGAGAUUUGCGGCUCGAGGUAAGUAGGUUAAUUCAGAAGGGUUUU